CAGUCUUCUUCUCCAAAAUCCAGAAGUCGUCGUCUGUACGGCAGUCUGACGAUAGUAUUUUGCUCACCGUAGCUCCGUCGCAGCUCUGACUGAAUCCUAAGAUAAAGUAGCAGCAGAGGGCGGCGGCUUCUGAUGCCAACGAUUGUCGCCACAAGCUUCGCCGGGACUCAAUCCUUAUCACUUUCAUUCGCCUCCUUCCUUCGACGCUCCACAGUCCCGCCGAGGCUGCGUUUUGCGGACGCAUUUCGAAUUAGGAGGUGCAUUGGAGGGGCGUGCGCGAAGAGGAUGGAUUCGAUUGGUUUGGGUAAUGGCGAGGGAUUAAUGCGUCUGACUACGGAGGAUCGCGUGGAGGAGGCGAUUGAAGCUGUGAGGAGUGGGAAAGUAAUUGCUGUGCCCACUGAUACUCUCUAUGGAUUUGCUUGUGAUGCUUGCUCUGUGGAGGCAGUUCGCCGUAUAUAUGAGAUCAAAGGGCGUAAAUAUACUAGUCCACUUGCGAUCUGCGUCGCCGAUGUUCAUGACAUACAGCAUUUUGCCGCCACCAACCACUUGCCUCUUGGGCUGCUCGAGUCCCUUCUUCCCGGGCCUGUAACCGUGGUCCUAAGACGAGGGGAUUCUAGUGUCCUCGAGAAGUCCCUAAAUCCUGGAUUAGACAGCAUAGGUGUACGAGUCCCCGACAGUGAUUUCAUUAGAGCAAUUGCUCGAGGAUCCCGGACUGCCUUGGCUCUCACAAGCGCAAACCUUAGUGGGCAACCUAGUAGUGUCGAUGUCAAAGAUUUUGAAGACCUUUGGAAGCACUGUGCAUACAUCUAUAAUGGUGGCGUGCUUCCAUCGGGACGUGCAGGAUCCACAGUGGUUGAUCUUACUAAACAAGGGAAAUACAAGAUUCUCAGACCCGGAAGUGCUAAAGAGGAAACAGUUGCAAUCCUGGAGAGACACAGUCUGAUAGAUGAAAAUAGCAGUGUAGUAUCUUGAAUUGAUGCCGAGAAUCUCCAUUUCCAUCACCCUAGCUAUUCCACAACCAUCGAUCUAUGUCUGCUGCAUUUUGGCGAUCUAGACGACGAAACUCUUUCGAUUGUUGUAUCAAAGUUGUAGACUUUAAUGUCUUUAACAUUAUCUUUUUGAUUUAGAGAAACCUACACUACAUAUACACAUUUUAUCGUUUGGCAAGAAUUGAAGGGAUGCAUUUUUCACUAAGGGCAUGAGGAUACUUGUAUCUGUCGUGUUGUUUGAUUGGAUAAUGUAUGUAUGUAUGUAUAUGAGUGAAUUAGAUUUGGCACUUUUUUUGAGUUUAUAGAGGUUGGAAAAGCUUU